AUGGGUGACCUUAGCCCGCAGAAAUCUCAGAGCCCAGACUGGUCUGAUUCAGGCUCCGGCACAUCGCGCGACCAUAUCGAUGUCCUUCAUGGACCCGUUCCAACACGACCUCGCCUUCCCAGUCGAAAGAGCAGCGGCACCAUGAUUGUCUCUCGGGAUGCUUCUGUCGGGCCGAUGGAAACAGACUUUGCGCCAGAUGAUGUGAGGAGCAUGAGCCCGAGAAGAACGAGCGAGGACAUUGAGCAUCUGGGAAAGGAAGCCAGACAAGAGCUACAAAGGCACGCAAAAGCGCUGCAGGAUUCGCUCAUUGUGUUGUUCAACCGAAUAGAGGCCGUCAAGGAGGAACAUGACAAGCUCGACAACCACAACAAGUUUCUGCAAAAAUACAUCGGCGAUCUUAUGACGACGAGCAAAAUCACCGCCUCUAGCAGCCGCGCAAAGAAAUAA